CCAAUCUGAUUAGACAAUUUUUGAUUUGCAUAGUUACUUCGUCCCGUUUGCUGCUCCAACCUAGCAUCAAGGAUCCGGAGAAGUGAGAAAGCUCAGUCGGUGCGGAGUCAUGAGAGUGUUUGUAAACAACGUAUUUAGAAGAAAACUGGAGUCAGAGCCCUGCCUUCGCACAUCUUUGACUACCAUCAUAUCCUCCAUCAUCGUGGGAUGCAAAGGAUGUCAGAAGUCAUAUACUUUGAUUUCGUACAGUCGACAGGAUGGCACAAUGCUGAUUCAUUCCUAACAGUCGUACGGACGAUCACUCUGUAGUCUAAGUGCUUUAAGAUCUUAUUUUUGUGAAACGUUUGCGUCAAGAUGCCUUGGCCGUUUUCCGAGUCCAUCAAGAAGCGGGCCUGUCGGUACCUCCUGCAUAGGUACCUUGGCAACUUCCUGCAAGAAAAAUUGAGUUUGGAUCAGCUCAGUUUAGAUCUCUACCAAGGCACUGGAUCACUGGCACAAGUGCCUCUGGAUAAGUGGUCACUCAAUGAGCUCCUGGAAACUGCAGACGCUCCCUUUGAGAUCAUUGCGGGAUUCAUACAGUCCAUUUCUCUAACCGUCCCAUGGGCAGCUUUGCUGCAUGAUAACUGCGCCCUCGAGGUUAGAGGUUUGGAAAUGGUGUUUAGACCGAGGCCAAGAGUAGCGUCUGGUGCAGAGCCCAUGUAUUGGUCCAGUUUCAUGACGAGCAGCAUGCAGCUCGCUAAAGAGUGUUUGAGCCAGAAGCUCACCGACGAUAUGGGAGAGAGCUUCCAGCCAUUCGAAGGACUGGAGAAGUUUGCCGAAACCAUUGAAACAGUUCUAAGAAGAGUCAAAGUUACAUUUUUGGAUACCGUUCUGAGGAUGGAACACAUUCCAGAAAAUUCAAAAACUGGAAUUGCUCUUGAAAUUCGGAUCAAUAAAAUUUUUUAUUCCGAUGAAACUGGAGAGGAGACCUCAAGUAUGAACGUGCAUCAGCCAAUAACAUUUGCACACAAGAAGUUGCAGAUGGACGGCAUUACUGUAUUUUGGGAUGAGUUCUCUGAUUUGUCUCGAGCUGGUUUCAACUCUUCACCGCCUCCAAUGGAGACAGAGCCAAAACUCUCUCCCAGCUGGAAUCCAAAAAUUAUUUGCGAGCCUCAUCCACAGUUCACAGAGACUGUGUCUUCGACAGCACCAUUCCAACCUGUACAGGUUGGAAGUCUCUGUGGUAAAAUUGAGUUGUCCCUCACCCUGAAAACCAACUUAGCCAUGCCAGGAGCAAAACUGGAUGUGGCUGGGCACAUCGACACACUGCUCAUUUUGCUCUCCCCACGCCAAGUUCACUUACUUCUAGACUUGUUUGGAGCUUUUUCCUGUGAACGUGCACACGAAUGGGCCAAGGACAGAAAAAGUCGACCUAUGCAGCAAGAGGAUGAGUACCGACUCCACAUGGAACUAAAUCGCUGUCUGAAGAAGGACACUGCAACGGCAGGCGCAGAGGCCGAGCUCUUUGAGAGCCAGAACACCCGAACGGUCUCAAGUCGAGAUGAUGUCUUCUUCUCCAUGGCUGACAUGGACAUGUCCCACAGCUUGUCCUCCCUCCCUCCUUUGGGCGAACCGCCAACUGUUGAUUUGGACCUUUCACUCAAUAGCAACUACUCUGCUUCUCCGGGAGAAUCGCCUUCAGGAAACACGAAUGCUUUAUGGGACGAGUACAUGGACGUACCAAGACAAAGAGAAAAACAGCCUCCUGGAAAGUCACGAGACACACAAUUCCCUCAAACGUUAUUACGACAAACUUCACAUUCAUCCAAAACGCACGGCGAUGAAUCGAGGCCAGAACUUGUCUUGAGUCUGACGCUGACCGGUCUUGCAGUCUCAGUCCUCCACAUUGACCCGCUGCCACCAUUAGAUGAUUCUCCCAGUCCUUUGGGCCCCAUGGCUGCACACUUCUUCAAUAUAUUAGGCCCUGCUGGACAACUCAACCCUGCUGCCUUCCUUCAGUAUCGAUCCGUCUUAAAUCAGGCCUGUCCUCAAGAUCACCUCAGGUUUGUGGGCCAGGGUCUCAAGUUAAACUACGAGCACUGUCAGGGAUCCGGCCUACGGAUUUUUAGCACCGAUGUCUCCCUUCACCAAAUGGAGUUGCUGGAGUGUCUGUUUCCCUCGGAGACCGUCGUCGGUAGCUCUCAAAGAGGCAUUCAGUACACUGAGCUCCUGACGUUUGGCACCGCAGCAAGUGGCAACGCACCUCUUAGCACCUGCUUUCACCUGCUUUACAAACAGGCUGAGCGUAGAGGGCCCCAGGGUGGCCAGGUGCGGCUCAGCGCCAUUCCCAGGAAAGCCGACAUGCACGUAGAGCUGGGUCCCGUACGAGCCGAGCUCGACAUCAGUAUCGUGGACCGUCUCAAUUCGGUACUGCAGCCUCAAAAGCUGGCCGCCGCGGAGAUGAUGGCCUCACAUAUGUACACGUCUUACAAUAAGCACGUCAGCUUGCAUAAGGCAUUCGCAGAGGUUUUCCUGGAUGAUAGCCACACCCCAUCCAACUGUCACGUGUCUGUGACCGUUAAUGCCCCAACACUUGGCCUUGCCGUCCGCUUUCCCAUCCCCGACCUGCGCUCUGAUCAGGAGAGGGGUCCGUGGUUUAAGAAGUCCUUGCAGAAAGAAGUACUGUACCUGGAGCUGGAAGACCUGGAAUUUAAAACCGAAUUCAGGGGUGGCAGUACUCCAGAUCAAACCAAGAUGGAGCUCACCUUCAGGGAGCUUAUUGGCAGGUUCCAGGAGGAGCCGGAGCAAUCAGCUGCCAGGUUCCUCAGCGUGUCUCACACCAUGGACGGAGACAUGACAACAUCUGAAAGUGUGAAAUUCGAUUGGCCGCGUGUCGUGUUGAAAAUAAACCCUACUGCGGUGCACUCGAUCCUCGAGCGUGUGACGGCCGAGGAUGAUGAAGGGGCUGAGGACCAUUCUCUUGAGGAGGAAGAGGAGGAGGGGGCUGCCCAUUCUCUAAAGGAUGUUUGUGACUUUGGGAAACCAGAGCCAUCACCCUUUUCUUCCCGAAGGGUCAUGUAUGAAAAUGAAGAGAUGGUCAUACCUGGUGAUGCUGCUGAGAUGACAGAGUUCCAAGAAAAGACAUUGAACAAUUCUCGUUUUGUUCUUGAGUUGUGUUUCCCUAAUGUGCAAUUAACUCUACCCAGCAAAGCAUUCUAUGAAAAACUACACAACAGAAUAAACAACGACCUCCUCCUCUGGGAACCCACCGCUCCUUCACCUGUUGAAACGGUAGAAAGCAUGCCAUACGGUGUUGGACUGUCUGUCGCCAGCCAGUUGAUCAACACUUACACUAAGGACAGCUUCAGCCAGUUUCACUCCACUGGACCUGACGAAGACAGCAGUGGUUCAGAUGAAGAAUACAUGCACUACUACUCACCUGCUUCUGAGCGAGGAAGCAGGUGUCAGAAGAAGAAAAAGCCUAAAGCUCAGAGUAAGAGCUCCCAAAGCUUGUUCUCCGUCAUUCUCAGUGUCAAUCACGGCUUGGUUGCUAUUCAAACUAAUGCUAAGAAAGAGGAUAAAACACUACUGAAAAACAAACAUGGGGAAUUCUGGCUGGAGGUAAAAAACGCAGUGCUGUUCACUGUUAUGCAGCAUCAAGGCUUUAAAGACCAGCACUUUGUCUGCUUCCACACCACCAAUAGUUCCAUGUAUCACCAAGGACUUGUAGAUGGAAGCCCCUCCUCCUCAGACAUAAAGCUACCAUGCAGGUCACAUCCACAUUGGCUGGAACCAACCAUUUAUCAAUCAGAGUCUUCCCCCGAGGGAUCCUCAACUCCCUCAGAGGUUAUAGGCUUGGAGGCCCGCAGUAUGGUGUCUGUCGCUGUCAAGAUUUCGUCGCAUAAUGCAGAGGGCAACGUCAAGGAAUUUUUGGUGGCAAUCGGAGUGAGAGGAGCAACAGUCCAGCACAGAAUGGUCCCAGCCAAUCUGAGCUGGUAUGAUCAGAUCUUUGAGUUUUUGAAUAUUUCUGAUGAGCCCGUUCUGGGUUACGCUCCUCCCAUGUCUGUCAGCACGCUUCAUCUACAUUUAUGGAACUGCUCUCUUGACUACAGGCCUUUUUAUUUACCUCUCAGAUCGCUGCUUUUGGUCGAAACGUUUAGCAUCUCUAGCAGCGUGUCUCUUGACCACUCUUCUUCAACGCUUAGGAUCAUUUUGGAUGAAGCUGCCCUUUUCCUCUCCGACAAGUGUACCACUGUCUCUGUCAACUUAGCACGGGACUACGUCCAAGUAGUAGACAUGGGAACUCUGGAACUGCGAAUCACAGCUGUGAAACCUGGCGAGGAUGGCAAACUGUCCGAGCCGAGAUUUGAGCUCCGAUGCUCUAGCGACGUCAUCCAUAUCAGAACGUGUGCUGACUCUUGUGCUGCCCUCAUGAACCUCAUCCAGUACAUUGCCAGUUAUGGGGAUUUACUGCCUCCUGGUGAGCCGGAAGCCAAGCAAACCAGCUCUACACAAAAAAAUAAGGUUAGCAAGGCAGAGUUUCCCAGCCAGCUUGUCGCACACACACCGUUGCUAGCCGAGACGGAGCAGCAGAUGUUGCAGGAUCUGAUGAGCGAAGCAAUGGAAGAAACUGACGGGCAGCAGGUUCCUGUGCCACAACAGAAUGGCGCUCAGGAGAAGAGGACUCCUCAUCAUGAGCCCCCUCGCUCGGACUUGUUCCUGUUCCCAGAUGAGAGUGGGAAUUUUGGCCAGGAUUCCAGCCCUACUUACCCCAUCCUCCACUCACCCCUUAUCACUCCUGCCACAAAUCUGACACAGGAGACGGACGACUUUUGUAUUCUGGAAACUCCUGGUUCCAGAGCAGAGGAUGUUGAUCAGGAGCCUAUUGUAAAGCUGCUCAUCUCUGAACCGGUACAAAUCAAAUACGACCACUUCAGUCAGCCUCCGGAAGGCGGGAACGCCACUCGCGGAGCCUUAAACUUUCCCGUCCCGGAGGUGCGUUACCUCAUCAAGGAGAUCUCAGUUGUGUGGCACCUUUAUGGCGGCAAAGAUUUUGGCAGCGUGACGUUCUCCGCUUCUCCUACCAGAAGCCGAGGGACUACUCCUCAAAGUUCUCCCUCCCAAACUCCAGUUCGCCAGGCCAGAGUUUCAGGACGUACCGGAGGCGGAAAAGGCAGAAACCCUGACGUUCUGAUGGAGAUCCAACUCAGCAAAUUGAGAUUUCAACAUGAAGUAUAUCCACUAGACCAGGAGGCGUCAGGAUCACCGACAGAGCAACCAGUAUCGCGCCAGGUGUUUGCCGUGCAGGACUUGGAAAUCCGAGACAGACUGGCGAGCUCCCAGAUGAACAAGUUCCUUUACUUGUACUCGAGCAAAGAAAUGCCCCGCAAGGCUCAUUCUAACAUGUUGACAGUUAAGGCACUCCACACAUGUCCAGAAUCUGGUCAGGCUCCACAGGAGUGCUGCUUACGUGUUUCUCUGAUGCCUCUCCGCCUGAAUAUUGAUCAAGAUGCACUAUUCUUCCUGAAAGACUUCUUCACUAGCCUUUCCACGGAAGUGGAGUUUUUCUCCCCACCCGCUCAAGAUGUAAGUGUAUCCGUGAAGAAAGCCUCCGCCCCGGAGAUCUCAUGCAGCUUCUCAAAGCAUGGCGGCACCAUCCAGGACCCAGCACCAAUCAUCUCUGUGCCCGCACAGAGACGUUUAAGUCAAAAUGGUUUCUCCGUGUGCGGCCGGGAAGAGGUGGGUGAGAGUGACGCAGCCAUUGCUUCCUUUUCAGACCAGCCCAUAUUCUUUAGGGAGUUCAGAUUCACUUCUGAGGUUCCCAUUCGAUUGGAUUAUCAUGGAAAACAUGUCUCACUGGAGCAGGGAACCUUUUCAGGGAUCAUUAUCGGCUUGACACAGCUGAACUGUUCAGAGCUCAAACUGAGACAGCUGUGCUAUCGACAAGGUUUAUUAGGUGUGGAUAAGCUCUUUUCCUAUGCACUUAAUGAGUGGCUUAACGACAUAAAGAAGAACCAGCUUCCAGGCCUGCUGGGUGGCGUGGGGCCCAUUCACUCUCUUGUCCAGUUAGUUCAGGGAUUCCGGGACUUGGUGUGGCUCCCGAUUGAGCAGUACAGGAAGGAUGGUCGCAUCGUGCGUGGUUUUCAGCGCGGCACCGCCUCUUUCGGAACCUCCACAGCUAUGGCCGCCUUGGAACUUACUAACAGGAUGGUGCGAACCAUUCAGGCGGCAGCGGAGACGGCCUAUGACAUGGUGUCUCCAGUGGCCAAUGAAAGAGAUGCAAAGAAGGUGAAACGUUUCUCCCACUACGGCCUGGCUCAUCAGCCCGUCGACCUAAGAGAAGGUGUCGCUAAAGCCUAUACAGUGGUGAAAGAGGGAAUCACGGACACGGCACUGACCAUCUACGACACGGCCACUCGGGAACACGAACAACGCGGCAUGACCGGAGCGGUGGGCGGGGUUCUCCGUCAGCUGCCGCCUGCGGUGGUUAAGCCCAUCAUCAUGGCCACGGAAGCCACCUCCAACGUCUUGGGUGGCAUGAGGAACCAGAUUCACCCUGAUGCCCGCCAGGAGGAGACUCAAAAGUGGAGGCAAGGCGAAGAGUAGGAGAAGGAGAAGCUCUCAUCUCAUGAUGCUUGAACUCAACUGUUCCCUCACAGUGCCUUCAUGUUAAUGGUUAUUCAAAUCUGUUGAAAGGGACAAGUCAUAUCUAAUCUAAUUUCCUUCUUAGAUUCUGGAGCAUCUAAACAUAUAAUCGUUAAGAUGACAUGUUUACAGGUACUGUUAUGUUCGUCAGUGUCAGUAGUCAUUCACACGUGUGACCCUGGAUUCAACGUUCGCGUACUUAUGUGGGCUUUAUUUGCUGUAAAUAGUCUUGAUUUGUAACAUUUCAAGCAAAUAUAUGAGGUUAAGGAUGUGAUUCAAUUAUGUUGAGUUCUGGCACUUUUAAAGGUUUACUUCUUGACUAAAAAGAAAAUAUGCAGAUUAUUGUAUCUGAGGCUAAAAAUUCAGCUGUCAGCGUUGUGUUGUGGAGCCGCUUUAAAAUUGUGUCAAAACCAAAUUUGGGGAUCUAGUCUGUUAUCUUGAUCCAAAGUCUUAAAUGAUUGCACGGAUGUUUUCAUUUUAUAUCUGUAAAUCUUUUUUUUUUUUGCCAUCGGCUGCUCUCAUUUCCUGUUUUAUUUGGAGGUAUACCUUGUACAUAAAUGUACAGUUCAUUCAUUCAGACUUUAUAUUAAAAGCAUGAAUGGAAAAU